GUCAUCCUGCUAGUAGCCAGAAUAAUGUCCACCCUCGACAUUCCUCGCCUUUCAUCCGCGCCGGGGGUGUCUCCUCGGAUCCCUCGUGCCUGUGAGCGAUGCCGUUCCCGCAAGGUCCGCUGUGAUGGAAACGUCCCUUGCGCCACUUGCCGCCCUGGCCACCACCCAUGUAUCUACCGAACCGAACCGCAAACACGUAAGAGGAGAACGCGUGUUAAGGACGCCACUGCCAGCUCAACCCACCUGUCUUCAUAUAACCCACCCCCACGACCUGCCGCCCCGACAUUACAGGACCCGGUACAAUUCAAACGGCAAAGAGAGCUACGAGCUGGCAUUGGGAUUUCGAAUGUCGAUAGUGGUUCAUUUCAAUUCUACGGGCCAUCGUCCCAUUUCUGCUUUAUAGAGCGCACGUGUCAGCGGAUCACACAAACGACGAACGAGACCCUUUUGACACCCAGAACAUCGGCAGAGGGUGGACUAGGGAAAUGGAACUUGGAGCGCUUCAUGUUCUCAUUGAAUGCCAAUUGUCCGCCCACUGGCCAGCCCGAUGCUUAUCUCUCACAAGAGAAGGGGUCUACUUUAAUUGAUGCAUUUUUCGAGAUCAUCCAUCCCCAGAUCCCAGUACUGAAUUAUGCAGACAUCGUCGAGCUAUGGGAGGAUAUGGGUAAGCCACCGGCGCAACAAAGAGUAAAAAAAGGAAAGGAGAUAUUGUUCAUGGUGUUGGCUAUCGGAGCCAGGGUUUCUAUCGCCCAAGGCCAACAGGACACUUCAGUGUUAAAGGAUUGGGCGGAUUAUUUUGCCACAAAAGCAAAUGGGUUGCACGCGACCUUCGAAGACGUAAGUCUGCAUUCGACGAUAUUUUUGCUUCUUAAGGUUAGAGAUACACAGGGCAUGUACGCUAUUCAAGUAAUGCGGCCCAAUGAAGCAUAUCUGUACCUAGGUCAUGCGGCUCGCAGUGUGAUGGCGUUGGGGAUCAAUAGACAGCAAGUGGUUAACGGGGCUAAUGUGGUUGCACACUCCCUAAAGCGAACGUUCUGGGCAAUCUAUAGCACUGAGCGGAUAUGUUCUCUUUACACAGGUCGUCCAUCGGCAUUCCGAGAUGAUUUGAACGAUGCGCCAUACCCAGAGGACCUCCCAUUGCCGGCCAUGCCAGACGCGACAGCUGAGAACUUUCGGGAACCCUUGCGGCUGUGCGGGUUUGUUCGCGCUAUGGCCGGCAUUGGCGAGGUUGCGGAUUUGCUUUGUCUGGAGAUUUAUUCGCCGAAAAGUAUUCCCAGCAUGUCUAGUCCCGCACAGGUGGGAGACCCGGCGGCCGAAGCCGAGCCUUUGCUGGAAUCUGUCACCCGCCAACUACCCCUUUAUCUUCACUUCUUCGAUACCACCCUACCUCUAGGUCGUGGAUGGCAGGAGGUGCAGCGGUUGACGCUUGGUUGCCAGUACUACUUCAUCCGCAUGCUCAUGCAUCGACAUGCCCUUAUCUUCUCCGCCUUUUUUGAUUCUCGGGAAGAAGCCCAGAGAAGCGUAGGAGAUAGGUUCAAUAUCGAUCAUUCCAUCCAGGAAACAACUAAAGCAGCUAGCAACAUCAUCGACCUAAUCCACGACGUUUACUUUCGACGGUAUCCUCGCGCGCGUUUCGACGGAUCAUCUGCCGCCAUUUUAGUUUCUGCUUGUAUAACAUUGCUGUACGAUGUGUUGGACCCGAAGACCAACGCAGACCACGCCAAAUUUAUGUUUGCCGCCGUCGAAAGAGGGGUUGAGUGUCUCGACCAAAUCCACCAUGUUGGUCACACCACCGGCAAAGCCGUGAGCCUUGAUGUCAUGAAUAUUGCCAAGGAUACUCUCCAUUCCACCACCGUUGAUCCAGAACUGAGUCAAAAUCUGUUCGGCGAAUUUCCUUGGUUGCAAUAUGUCAGCCCCCCAGAUGGAACAUUUCCCAAUUCCCCUUCCGACGCGUUAACCUCUGAUAUAUCACACAACAUUAUACCUUCUUUGGCAUCACAUGGACAAGGACAUGCAUCCCAUAAUCCCGUACCAGGGGUUAGUUACAUGUCCCAUCGGCUUGAGACGGGCUUUGAACCACAGAACAUUCCAAGCUUCCUCUUUUAG